UUUUAUCUUCCAACGUUGUAUUUUCCAAAGACGUCGUUUUCCUCUACGGAUAUUUUCUGUAAUUGAAUCUUGCCCUGCCUUCCACUCCUCAGUUUCUUGCCGAUAAAGAGACCCAAACAUUCCAAAUUUCAGCUUCAACCCACCAACAACACCACCUCAUUCUCGAUCCAAUAUCCACAAUCCGCCACCACUAAUCAACCAAAUGACCACCACCGACCACCGUAACCUAAACAGCACCACCAUCCACGUCAUGGCAUUAGACGGAAUCGUGAACGUCAAUUCCCUUUUCACACUCGGUCUCUUCCUUGGUCUUGCCGUUAACCCCGCCGACCCAAAUUACACCCUCGUGGACUCCUCCUCCGCGACCACAUGCCUCAUGUCCUCCUCCACCGCCGAGAAGUUGGUCGCCUUCCAUGUCUAUUCUUUCAGUUCCUUCCUGUUCUCGAGCCUUAUUGCUUUCGCGCUCAAACAAGCCAUUAGAACAGCCAAAGAUGGGGACACGCGGAUUCAGGUGAGUGAUGACACCAUCGCUCAUGUUAAUUUGAGGGUCUUACGAGCUGGGAUUUUGGCGUCGGCUACUGGAUCGGUGUCUGGAUGUUUGUUUUUGACUGCUGCGCUGGUUGAUUUGGUUGAGAUUAAGCUCGGAAAAUUGGGUUGUUCCGAUUGGUAUGGUGUGGCUGCGGUUGUGCCGUUGGUAGUGUUGGUGCCUUUGGCUCUUGUUUUUUAUAUAUGCAUUGUGUUGCAUGCAUUCGCUACUUAGUAGCUUCAUAAUUGUACUCUACAAAUAUUUAUAAGUCAAAACUCAAAUCAAGAAAA